AUGACUCUUCAAUUUGAUGGUUGUGCUUAUUUUCGUCAACGUCUUGCUUUAUCAACACUAAGUUACACACCAAUUAAAAUAAAAAAUAUUCGAUCACAAGAAAAUGCACCUGGACUACGUGAUUUUGAAAUAAAUCUACUGCAUUUAUUGGAAAAACUUACGAAUGGUAGUAAAGUAGAAAUUAAUACUACUGGUACUUCACUUUAUUAUGUACCGGGUGCAUUAACUGGUGGAAUUGUUGAGCAUGAAUGUUCAUUACAACGUGGUAUUGGUUAUUUUCUUGAGCUUGUUCUCUAUAUGGCACCAUUUAUGAAAACAGCUCUUGAACUUCGACUAAAAGGUGUAACUAAUGAUCGUGAUGAUCCUUCAGUUGAUCUUAUUAAAUAUUCAGCAAUACCAAUUAUGAAACGAUUUCUUGGAUCUGAUGAUGGUCUAGAACUUAAAAUAAUUAAACGAGGUGCUAAACCAAAU